AUGUCCAAAGGUCGAUCGCUACCCGAAGCCCUCAAGUCGCUGCUCAAGCAGCCCACGUUUCCCUCGCGCGUCUCGGCCCUCUCGGCCACUCGCCAUCUGCCCGCCGGAAGAUCGGCGGAUCCGAGCCCGACGCCCCGACUCGACACCCUCAAGAAGCACUUUGUCUCGCUCGAGGCCGACGCCAUCCGCCGCGGACUCGGAUGGGGCGAGUGGCUUUCCGUCGCGACCGCCACCAUCCUCACCCUCAACAACCCGGGCUCGCUCCAGUCGCUCCACCGGGUCGCGAUGCGGGAUCUGGCAAACGACCUCGAGGCGAGGAAGAGCAGGGCGCUGCUGAUGCGCGAGAUCGGUCUCAAGUGCAUCGGCUUCAUCGGCAUCCCCAAAGUCAUCAAUAACCUCGCUGCGCUGAGGAAGGCCGUCGACCAGGACCCGGAACUGGCACAGGCACUGCCGACCGAAACGCGAAGGCACAUCACUCCGGAUCGACUUCCUGCGGUGCACAAGGCCGCCUACGGCCUAUGGGACGACAUUUACACGCCACAUUCGGAGAAGCUGCUCAAGAUCCUCGGGACCUCGCACCCGGACCUCCCCGUCUUCAUCGUCGAGAGCGAGUACGGCCCGCUGUUUGCACCCCCGGCGACGUACUCGCUUCCCUCGGACCCCGCCCACCUCAAGCAGGAGCCAGAGUGGGAGGUCAACCGGCUCAGGACCUCGCUCGUCGCCAUCUCUGCGCUGCGCGCCCAGGGCGGCGUCGGCCCGCAAGUCACGAGCCAUGUGUGGGGGCUCAUGAAGGCCGCAGAGAGCAUCUCGCCCGCCGACGCCAACAAAAGGGGCCUCGAGUGGCUCGCCACCGAGGAGGGCGCCCUCUGGGUCGUCAAGACCGUCGACAGCCUUUGCCAAGCCAUCGAGGGCGCCGAGGAACUCGAACAGCACAAGAGCAAGCUCUGA